CGCCCGGGCGCGCGCCGCGAAGGCGGGUGUCGCGAACGCGCCGGGAGCGUCCCAGAGCCGGGAGCGCGCCCCGCGGAUGACAACAAAUUCGUCGUGCGCCGGCGGUGGAGGAGUCCGCCUCAGUACCUGCCUCAGGCCCUGCUGCCUCCCCGCGUGUCCUCUUGCAUCCUCUCUCCGUGACUACUAGGACCCUCGCGGAGGCCCCGCACUCCCACCCCGGGCCUGGGACGACGGGGACUCCUCCGCGCCUGGCCCCUGCCAGGCCUAGCGCGAGUCGCGCUGCUCGGGCGAUGGGGUCGCCUUGAGGGACGCCCGUCGCCCAGCGGGCAUGGAGGGGCUGUCCCGGGCUUAGGCCCCGCCGCGGACCGGGGACGCCGGCUGGGACCCGAGGCGCAGCUGCCGCGGCCUGGAGCCGGAGCCUGUGCCCCAGGGCCGGAGUCGCCGCCUCCUGCAGCCCCCGCGGGCCCCGUUGCCAGCCCUUAUCAUGCCUUGGCCGUUUUCGGAGUCCAUCAAGAAGAGGGCCUGUCGGUACCUCCUGCAGAGGUACCUGGGCCACUUCCUGCAGGAGAAGCUGAGCCUGGAGCAGCUCAGCCUGGACCUGUACCAGGGCACUGGGUCCCUCGCCCAAGUCCCCUUGGACAAAUGGUGUCUCAAUGAGAUCCUGGAGUCGGCAGAUGCGCCUUUAGAAGUCACCGAAGGAUUCAUACAGUCAAUUUCUCUGUCAGUUCCGUGGGGCUCCUUGCUACAGGAGAAUUGUGCACUGGAAGUGAAGGGGCUAGAAAUGGUCUUCCGGCCUAGACCCCGCCUAGCAACUGGUUCUGAGCCUAUGUAUUGGUCAAGUUUCAUGACCAGCAGUAUGCAAUUGGCAAAAGAAUGUCUUAGCCAGAAAUUAACAGAUGAACAAGGAGAAGCAUCACAGCCUUUUGAAGGACUUGAAAAGUUUGCUGAAACCAUUGAAACAGUACUAAGAAGAGUGAAAGUCACUUUUAUAGACACUGUCUUGAGAAUUGAACAUGUGCCAGAAAAUUCCAAAACUGGAGCUGCACUUGAAAUUCGAAUAGAAAGAACUGUCUACUGUGAUGAAGCUGCCGACGAGGCCUCAGGAAUUAACGUGCAUCAGCCCACGGCCUUUGCUCACAAGUUACUUCAGCUCUCCGGAGUAUCUCUCUUCUGGGAGGAGUUUUCUGCGUCAGCAAAAUCUUCCCCAGUGUGUUCAACUGCACCAGCGGAAACUGAGCCAAAGCUGUCACCUAGCUGGAAUCCCAAAAUUGUUUAUGAGCCGCACCCACAACUAACUAGAAAUUUACCAGAGGUAGCGCCCUCUGACCCAGUGCAGAUUGGAGGGCUAAUUGGUAGGCUGGAGUUGAGCCUCACAUUGAAACAGAAUGAAGUACUUCCUGGAGCUAAGUUGGAUAUUGAUGGACAGAUAGACUCUAUUCAUCUAUUCCUGUCACCAAGGCAGGUGCACUUGCUUUUGGAUAUGUUAGCAGCUAUUGCUGGACCAGAAAAUUCUAGCAAAAUAGGGUUAGCUAAUAAAGAUAGAAAAAACCGACCCAUGCAGCAAGAAGAUGAAUAUCGAAUUCAGAUGGAAUUAAACCGGUAUUACCUGAGGAAAGAUUCCCUCUCCGUGGGUGUAUCUUCAGAGCAAAGCUUUUACGAGACAGAAUCCGCUCGUACACCUUCUAGCCGUGAAGAAGAAGUUUUCUUCUCCAUGGCUGAUAUGGACAUGUCCCACAGUCUCUCUUCUCUUCCACCUCUGGGAGACCCUCCAAAUAUGGACCUUGAGUUAUCAUUAACUAGUACCUACACAAAUACUCCAGCGGGGUCUCCAUUAAGUACUACUGUGCUUCAGCCAACAUGGGGAGAUUUCCUUGAACAUCAUAAGGAACAGCCAGUAAGAGGGUCCGCAUUGCCAACCAACCUGGUUCACCCACCAAAUUUACAGAAGACUUCUCUCCCAUCUAGAUCUGUUUCAGUGGAUGAAUCUAGGCCUGAACUUAUUUUUAGAUUAGCUGUGGGAACUUUUUCCAUCUCUGUACUUCACAUCGACCCUUUAUCUCCACCUGAAACGUCACUGAACCUCAAUCCAUUGACACCUUUGGCGAUAGCUUUCUUUACCUGCAUAGAAAAGACUGACUCAGCAACAUUUUCAACAGAUGAUUUUAAGUCUUUCCGAGCAGUAUUUGCAGAAGCCUGCAAACAUGAUCACCUCAGAUUUAUAGGUACUGGUAUCAAAGUGACCUAUGAACAGAGACAAAGAUCAGCUUCGCGAUAUUUUAGUACUGAUAUGUCCAUUGGGCAAAUGGAACUUUUGGAGUGCCUGUUUCCAACGGAUUCUCAUUCUGUUCCUCCUCACUACACAGAGCUUUUAAUGUUCCAUUGCAAAGAGCGAACUGAUUCCCAUCCCCCUGUGUGUCUUCAGCUUCAUUAUAAGCAUUCUGAGAAUAAAGGACCCCAGGGUAAUCAGGCAAGACUUAGUUCUGUUCCUCAGAAGGCAGAAUUACAAAUUAAGCUAAAUCCUGUGUUUUGUGAGCUGGAUAUCAGUAUUGUGGACAGGUUAAAUUCCUUGCUUCAACCACAAAAGCUUACUACGGUAGAAAUGAUGGCAUCGCACAUGUAUACUUCAUACAAUAAACAUAUUAGUCUGCACAAGGCUUUCACUGAAGUAUUUCUGGAUGAUUCACAUAAUCCUGCAAAUUGUCGGAUAUCAGUACAAGUUGUCACGCCGGCGUUAAACCUUUCUGUUCGCUUCCCAAUACCUGAUCUUCGGUCAGAUCAAGAAAGAGGACCGUGGUUUAAGAAGUCACUUCAGAAGGAGAUCCUUCAUUUAGCAUUCACAGACCUAGAAUUUAAGACUGAAUUUAUAGGAGGAUCAACCCCAGAACAAAGUAAAUUGGAGCUUACCUUUAGAGAAUUAGUAGGGUCAUUCCAGGAAGAUAAAGGAGAACCAUCUGUGAAGUUUUUCCAUGUGUCUAGCGGAGUGGAUGGAGAUACAGCGUCCUCAGAUGACUUCGACUGGCCACGAAUUGUACUGAAAUUAAAUCCGCCAGCUGUGCAUUCCAUUUUGGAGAGAAUAGCAGCUGAGGAAGAAGAGAAUGAUGGCCGCUAUCAGGAGGAGGAGGAAGGGGGUGCUCACUCCCUGAAGGACGUUUGUGAUCUGCGAAGACCAGCCCCAUCUCCCUUCUCCUCUCGUAGAGUCAUGUUUGAAAACGAGCAGAUGGUGAUGCCAGGAGACCCUGUGGAAAUGACAGAGUUUCAAGAUAAAGCAAUCAGCAAUUCUCACUAUGUCCUGGAACUUAUGUUACCCAACAUUCAUAUAACACUACCUAAUAAAAGCUUUUAUGAGAAGCUUUAUAAUAGGAUCUUUAAUGACUUGCUGCUGUGGGAACCAACAGCUCCUUCACCAGUGGAGACAUUUGAAAAUAUUUCCUAUGGUAUUGGUCUUUCUGUAGCCAGUCAGCUGAUUAAUACCUUCAACAAAGAUAGUUUUAGUCCAUUUAAAUCCACAGUUCACUACGAUGAGGAAAGUGGAUCUGAGGAGGAGACGUUGCAGUAUUUUUCUACUGUCGAUCCCAACUACCGUUCCCGUAGGAAAAAAAAACUAGACUCUCAGAACAAGAACUCGCAGAGUUUUCUCUCGGUUCUUCUGAGUAUUAACCAUGGACUAAUGGCAGUGUUUACAGAUGUCAGGCAAGAUAAUGGAGAGCUGUUGGAAAAUAAGCAUGGCGAAUUCUGGUUGGAGUUCAACAGUGGUUCCUUGUUUUGUGUGACCAAGUAUGAAGGCUGUGAUGACAAGCACUACAUCUGCCUUCAUUGCAGCAGUCUCAGUCUGUACCACAAAGGCGUAGUAGAUGGAGCGAUUCUUCCUACAGAAACACGACUGCCCAGUUCCACCCGUCCACACUGGUUGGAACCUACUAUUUAUUCCUCUGAAGAAGAUGGCCUCAGUAGAGGUUCCUCAGAUGGUGUUGCAGGAGACGCUUUGAAUAUGCUCUCUGUUGCAGUUAAAAUACUCUCUGAUAAGUCAGAGUCCAAUACGAAGGAAUUUCUCAUUGCUGUGGGGUUGAAAGGAGCCACACUCCAGCACCGAAUGCUUCCUUCUGGGCUUAGCUGGCAUGAGCAGAUCUUAUACUUCUUGAGUAUUGCUGACGAACCUGUUCUGGGGUAUAACCCUCCAACUUCGUUUACAACUUUUCAUGUUCAUCUCUGGAGCUGUGCACUUGAUUAUAGGCCUCUUUAUUUGCCGAUCCGAUCUCUUCUCACUGUGGAAACCUUCAGCGUUUCGAGUAGUGUGGCCUUGGACAAAUCCUCAUCUACUCUCAGAAUAAUCUUGGAUGAAGCUGCUUUGCAUUUGUCUGACAAGUGUAAUACUGUUACUAUAAAUUUGAAUAGAGAUUACGUUCGUGUGAUGGAUAUGGGGCUUUUGGAAUUAACCAUAACUGCAGUGAAAUCUGAUUCUGAUGGAGAGCAAACUGAGCCGCGCUUCGAGCUACACUGUUCCAGUGACAUUGUCCAUAUCAGAACGUGCUCCGACUCUUGUGCGGCGUUAAUGAAUCUCAUUCAGUACAUUGCAAGCUACGGGGACUUACACGCGGCAAACAAGGUGGAGAUGAAGCCUGGAGCCCCUUACAGAAAGAUGAAGGUAGAUUCCAGUGGUCGCUCGUCCUCACGAGGUCCAGUACUUCCUGAAGCCGACCAGCAGAUGUUACGCGAUUUGAUGAGUGACGCUAUGGAAGAGGUUGACCUGCAGCAGGCCGCCGCGUCUGCGCAAGCCCAGGCUAACGGUGUUUUGGAUGAAAAAUCUCAAACUCAGGAGCCAUGUUGUUCAGACCUCUUCCUGUUUCCAGAUGAGAGUGGGAACGUGUCCCAGGAGCCCGGCCCUCCUUACACCUCGUUCACACACCACUUGAUUAGUGAUGCAAUGGCAGGUGCGCCCACUGAGAAUGACGACUUUUGCAUUCUUUUUGCACCAAGAGCAAACAUUCAGGAGAAGGAGGAAGAGCCAGUUGUAAAAGUGAUGGUCGAUGAUGCAAUUGUAAUAAGAGAGAAUUACUUUAGUCAGCCCGCUAAGAAGACGGAUACGAGCAAAGCCCCAUUGCACUUCCCCAUCCCUGUUGUCCGUUAUGUUGUUAAAGAAGUCUCUCUCGUUUGGCAUCUUUAUGGAGGAAAGGAUUUUGGAACAGUCCCUCCUACUUCUCCAGCUAAAAGUUACAUCAGUCCCCACAGUUCACCUUCUCACACACCCACAAGGCAUGGACGUAACAUGGUAUAUGGGGGAAAAGGAAGAAACCAUGACUUUUUAAUGGAAAUACAGUUAAGCAAGGUGAAGUUUCAGCAUGAGGUCUACCCGCCUUGCAAACCGGAGUGUGACUCCGGCCUCUUAGAGCACCCGGUCUCCCGCCAGGUGUUCAUCGUGCAGGAUCUUGAAAUCCGAGAUCGUCUGGCAACAUCACAAAUGAAUAAGUUUUUGUACCUGUAUUGCAGUAAAGAAAUGCCUCGAAAAGCCCAUUCCAACAUGUUGACAGUGAAAGCAUUACACGUGCGCCCGGAGUCCGGCAGGUCACCUCAGGAAUGCUGCUUGAGAGUGUCCCUGAUGCCACUUCGCCUCAAUAUCGACCAGGAUGCCUUGUUCUUCCUGAAGGAUUUCUUCACCAGUCUUUCUACGGAAGUAGAGCUGCUGGUGGCCCCAGAUCCAGAAGUUAAAAAGUCUCCUGGAGCUGAUGUCACCUGCAGUUUGCCAAGGCACUUAAGCACCUCCAAGGAGCCAAAUCUAGUUCUUUCUUUCCCUGGGCCAAAGCAGCCUUCCCAAGAUAAUGGUGCCAAUUCAGUGGAAGUGGUUAAUGGGGAGGAAGAGAAGGACUUCACAGCUGAAGAAGCAUCAUUUAGUGAUCAGCCAGUGUUUUUUAGAGAAUUUAGAUUCACAUCAGAAGUUCCUAUUCGACUUGAUUAUCAUGGCAAGCACGUUUCAAUGGAUCAGGGUACGCUAGCCGGGAUUCUAAUUGGUCUGGCCCAGUUAAACUGCUCAGAACUGAAGCUGAAGCGGCUUUUCUACCGGCAUGGCUUGCUAGGUGUUGACAAAUUGUUUUCGUAUGCAAUCACCGAAUGGCUUACUGACAUUAAGAAGAACCAACUACCAGGAAUCCUGGGAGGGGUUGGGCCUAUGCAUUCACUAGUACAAUUAGUGCAAGGCCUGAAGGACUUGGUCUGGUUACCGAUAGAGCAGUACCGGAAGGAUGGUCGCAUUGUCAGAGGGUUCCAGAGAGGUGCUGCCUCCUUUGGCACCUCGACAGCAAUGGCUGCUCUGGAGCUCACAAACAGGAUGGUUCAGACCAUACAGGCAGCAGCAGAGACUGCUUAUGACAUGGUGUCUCCUGGGACCCUUUCUAUGGAGCCCAAGAAGAUCAAAAGGUUUCCUCAUCACCGCUUAGCCCACCAGCCAGUGGACCUGCGGGAAGGUGUGGCCAAGGCCUACAGUGUUGUGAAAGAGGGACUUACAGACACGGCUCAGACAAUUUACGAAACCGCGGCUCGAGAACACGAGAGCAGAGGGGUCACUGGUGCCGUGGGCGAGGUCCUGCGCCAGAUUCCUCCUGCGGUGGUGAGACCUCUGAUUGUUGCCACAGAAGCGACAUCAAACGUCUUAGGCGGCAUGAGAAACCAAAUUAGACCAGAUGUCCGGCAAGACGAGUCACAGAAAUGGCGCCAUGGGGAAGACUGACACUUCAGAUGCGGUCCUUUGUGGAGACGGGGAGGGUGAGAAUAAGGAGGAGGUGUCCUGUUGGCAGUGUUAGAGGGUACUCGUUUAACUUUAUUGUGCUCAUCUCAGGAACAAAAGCAUUUCUUAGUUAAAUAAUUUAAUAUUAAAGCAACAUGCAACCAAAAACUUUUGACAUUUUAGGGCUAGUUUGGUACUUGCCUAGAGAAAUGUUUGGUGGCUAGUGUCAAAAGUCCUUAAGUGUUUGCUGCCAAGUGAGUGGAUUGCUUGCUUUUAUUAAAAUGGCUGUAAUCCUCCUGCUAUGGAUGAGACAUCAUUGGAAACCUCCUGUCACAGUACAGAGUGCUCAGAAACAUGCGUGCACUUUGAAAGCACUAUUUAUGCUGCCCUGAGGAAUUGAGUUUUCUCAAGGAUAAAAAGAAUCACAGCUUCGAAACUUUCAUUGAGAAUGAGAGACAGAAGCUACAGGGAAAGCGAAGCAAAUAGGAUUUUAAUAUAAAUAUCACUGAGGAAUAAAUAACCUAGUCUGAUGGAUUUAGUGUCCGUGCACUUGAGAACGUUAUUUCCGUUCCCUCAGAAAAUCUUUCUGUGGGCGUUUGAGAACGUGAAUGUUGCAGACAUGUUCUGUUGUGUUGCACUUUAUCCUCUGUGUGUGUGUGUGUGUGUGUGUGUGUGUUUAGAUUAAUACAAGUCAUGUGAUCUAUUUGUUAUGUCAUUUACAGAUUUUCACAAAAUAUAAAGAGGAGUAAGACUGAAUGUUUUUGGCAAAGGAAGCUAACUCAGAUGUAGUAACUUCCAUUCAUUUUAAGUGUAAAUGAAAAUGUGCGUUCUAUAAUGAACUGGGGCCCAUAUGAUUGUUUAUGUGUUCACUUUUAAGCAGAUAUAGUGCAAGCUUGUUAGGAAUGCGUGGAAAGGGAGAUUGGAAAUGAUUUUUACUUUUCUGAAAUUAACCAAAAAUCCUCCAAAUACGCCCUAGUCAGCUAUUUCGGAGUACCGUUUUUACUUGGUUAACAAUGUACAUUUUGAUAACCUGUCAGGAAUGAAUAAAGUAUUUUUAUUUAAAGGUAAAAUUGUUUCAUGCUUCCAUGAACAUUUUGCUUUUCUUAGAGCAUAUUCAUAGAUGCAGUACUUGGAUCCAUCCCAAGACACUUGGGGAAUACUUUCUCGAAACUGAUUUUGGUUAAUAUCGAGUAAGUCAUUACCUAGGUGUGAGAGGAAAAUUGUUUGCAAGGACUCACUUUUUUACUUUAGGUGAAUCUUGCAGAAAGUAAGUGUAGGACUUCGUGUUCAUCCACUGUUUAAAGUCGCAUGAUGUGAAUUCUCAUUUUCUGAAGUGGGAGAAUGCUGUCCACGUGAAUUUGGAUUUCAGAACUGCAUUUCAGUUUGGGGUUUUUAAAAGUGAUGUUGAAUCGAUUCCAUUCUCUAGAUUUUCUGAACAAGAAAGCAAUGUAAACCAAACAUCUGGACGUUUAAAAUUCAUAAAAAUUGUGCUAAACAGCAUUUAAUUUUUAUUGUUUCCUUUUUACUGCUAAAAAAACUUUAAAAAGGCACUGCUCAUGGAACCAUCCGUUACUCUGUCUCAAAUAAAUGGAGUUGUGUAGAA